AUGGCAGUAACUAUGACCAAUGAGGAAACUUUUCAGUUUAUAGAACUCUACCAAGCCGAAAACUGUUUAUGGAACCCAAUAAAUAAAAAUCACAAAAAUAAAAACAUUAUCAACGAUUCUUGGAAACGUAUUGCAGAUACGAUGGGUGUACCAGUUCAUGAAUUAAAGAAAAAAAAAGAGAGCUUAAUGACAUGCUUUCGCAAUAAUUUAAAAAAAAAAUAUUAUCGUUGA